AUGCCGGGCGACGUGGAGAACCUGCGGAAGAGAUCCGUGGCUGAUUCCUCAGGUGAGACCAAAAUGUUCAACUGCUGUGCCGAGCGGCUCUGCGUCGGGCCUCAGCAUCCAGACCCAGGCGCUGUGGAGACGCCUCCCCCGGACUCUUCUGCACAGCACUUCUGCCACUACACGCCCAAAUGUUUCGUCGCCGUCCACAAAGGAGCACAGGCCCCUUCAGCCAGGUCUACUCCGUCCCACUACGGAGAGGACGGAUGGCAUGAAGCCACCUCCAAGACCACGAUCAGGGUUGAGAAUGAGGUGGAGGCCCACAGGGAGGCCAACAACUACAAGUUUGGCUUCAGGAAAUGGAAGGGCAACGUAACAGAGAGGCCCAUCGAAGACAGAUCCGACAUCGUCAAGGAGCUGUACUCUAACCUCAGUGUGGUGAAGUCUCAAGAAGUCUCGGUGGUCACCUUUGGGAACGUAAUUUAUGUGUUUUUAUUCGGAUGGUGGACGUCGUUAAUCUACCUCCUCAUUUGUCCUGUGAUGUUUCUAACAAUCCUCGGUGCACCUUAUGGUAAAGUUUGCUGGAAGCUGGCAUUGUACUUUCUUUGGCCAUUUGGGAAGUCAAUAGAAAAGGUAAUAGGAUAUCCUGGUAGCCUUCAUAGAUUCCCUGUAAAGCCUCUAGACAGUGAUGCUUCUCCCCAAGACGGAGACGGUGAGGACCUUGUGAGGGACAAAGACUCUGCACCCCUUCUGGUGUCGUCCCCAAUCCCUGUGGAGAUCCCCGUCCCUGAGCUGCCAGUUAGAAAAACUACAAAGCGCUGGUGUCGCGUCAGUACUUACAUUUGGUUGCUACUGGGCUACCCCGUCCUGGCCGUGGUCCACUCUCUCGCUUGUGUGCUCUCCUGGCUGCUGGUCUUCACCAUCCCAAUAGCCAAACUGAACGCUCGCGUACUGACCACUGUCCUCCUCAUGGCACCAGAGGACAUCCACAUCAACAGACUGACGAAGGUAAAGACGCUCGGGUAUGAGAGGAGAGUUAUCUUAUGCUGCUACCGUGCUUUCAAUGUGUAUUACUACAAAUAUACUAUCCAAGGAAUCAACAUUUUUGCUCUCAACCUUCUUCCCCUGGUUUUCAUGACUUUGAUUAUUGGAUAUACUGACCGUAAACACAACUACUUCAGUGCAGAGACCACGUUUGCCACUGCCAUCAUUUCCAUCAUUCCCCUGUCCUACUAUAUUGGCAUGGGGAUAGCCAGCAUUUCUGCACAGAGUAACUUUGCGGUGGGCGCGGUGGUGAAUGCGACCUUCGGCUCCAUCACAGAGAUGACUUUCUACAUCACGGCACUGCUGCAGGGGCAUCGCGCUGCCACCAAAUGUUAUGAAGAGAUAGUCAAAGCAGCGCUGACCGGGACCUUGCUGGGAUGUAUACUGUUCAUACCCGGCAUCUGCAUGAUCAUUGGCGGCAUCAAACACAGCGAGCAGAGGUUUAACAGUCGUUCAGCUGGAGUGAGCUCUGCUUUACUUUUCAUCUCCAUUGGAGGUGUGUUUGCUCCGACGCUCUUCUCAAAGACCUUUGGUAAUCUGGUGUGUGAAAGCUGCUCCAAUGUUCCAGGCAAUGCCAGCGUACCCUUCGUCUGCAAGGACUGUCACUACGACACGAGUCAAACUGACCCACAUUUGAUUCUGUCACAUACCGAGCCUCUGGUAUACACCAUUUCUGUCCUGCUGCCUGCUGCAUACCUGAUUGGCCUCAUCUUCACACUGAAGACUCACUCCCACAUCUACGACAUCCAUAUCAGCGAUGGCCACGGGGGCCAUGCACACGGUCAUCACGUUGUCCACUGGUCUCGGUGGAGAGCUCUUGCAGUGCUCAUUGUUGCCACAGUGCUGAUGGCCUGCUGUGCUGAUCUCAGCACUGAGAACAUCGAGCCCAUUCUGGCCCAUUCCUCCAUCUCACAGUACUUCAUUGGUGUCACAGUGUUGGCCAUGGUGCCAGAGCUUCCUGAGAUUGUCAAUGGAAUCCAGUUUGCACUUCAAAACAAUAUCAGCCUGAGCCUUGAAGUUGGCAGUUGUAUUGCUGUGCAGGUCUGCAUGAUUCAGAUUCCACUGCUCAUCCUCUUCAAUGCAUUUUAUGAUGUUGGAUUUGUGCUUGUGUUCAGUGACAUUCAUCUCUGGGCGAGCAUCUUCAGUGUCAUUCUGGUCAACUACAUCUUCAUGGAUGGAAAAUGUGACUACUUUCAGGGAACGGCUCUUGUGGUGGUUUACCUCAUCCUUCUGGCCCUUUACUUCUUCGCUCCUUCUCCACGCUCGUGUUAA